UCCUCUAGUAGCGGACCACUUUCAGUGCUCCCACAAGUCCUUUCCCUCCAAGUCCCUUCCCUUGUCCUCAGAUACCCUCCCCUCUCCUCCCGUAGUCCUACCCAUCGUCAUCCACGACGCCGAGCAACUUUUUGACGACGUUUAUAAGAUACCCCAAUUGGCGUCCAAAGGUCCUAUUUACCGGACCUCUUCUGACUGAUGUCCGGUAGGCCAACAUCUUCAGCUGGAGGCUCUCGCCCCUUCACAGCCUCAGCUUUUCGUACAUCUUCAGCCCGUCCCCCGACUUCUGCAGGCGCAUUUGACCGUGACCACCAGUACACCUAUGAUAAUGCUUAUAUUGAGGAAGAAGAGGAAGAGGAAAGCGACACAGAGGACCUUUUUGCCUUUCUCCCUCCUUCAACCGCAGACCAACAGCGCGACGUAGAGAAGCAGCGUGCGGCUGAUUUAUCCCGAAUAUCACCAGACUAUGCAAACGUAUUCGCGAAUACAGUCCCAUCAGACGCCCCCCCGCUUGUAUAUCCGGCGCCGACCUUUGACCCCUGGUCUCGUUUCUCCUCUGAAGCGGCCGGUCCCUCCCGUCUAUUCCCCGUACCUAUAUCUCAGGUUCCAGUAGAAAGUCCUCCUUCUACCGCGUCAAACCAAGGCGCAAGCGACCCGUAUCGCAUGCGUCGACUAAGCACAGCCCUGUCGGGUACAACCAACACCCACCCUUCGAGACCUAGUAUCCCAAACUCUCGUCAAAUACGUGUCAGCCUAACUUCCAGCCCACCCGAGAAGCAGUGUCGAGGAGUACCUUCGUAACAGUUCACAGAGGACACGACAUCCUUCAUCAACACUGGGGGAUUCAACAACUUUGAGUAUAACACCUAGUAUGCUGGAACAAGACAGUCGCGAUGGUUCAAUAAAGAUGGAGUUUGAUUUUGACGCCGUGAAUGAAGAGGACAGUCCAUUUCCCGAAGUUCGUGCAUCCGUCUCGAACAUAGAUGACCCAGAAAUGCCCGCUAUGACGUUGCGGAUGUGGUUAAUCGGUUUGGUUCUUUGUAUGACCGCUAGGUGAGUUUUUUUUGAGCAUCGUCCUUGCUUGUAGUCUCAUGGUUUCCAGUGCAAUGAACCUU